AUGGAACCCCCAUCUGACAUACGUUAUCGAGACUUCAACCUGGUUGAUCAUCUAUAUAAAAUUUUAAACGAUAUAAAUUUGGAAAGCAUUGAAGAUUGCUUGAGUAACAUUAUUCUUCCCGCAUAUAGAGAAGUCGCGUGGAGUCAAAUGCCAUUGACCGCGGAAGAUGUAAUACCACCUCAACAAGUACUCGAAAAAUAUCCGUCAUUUGGCAAACCGGAUGUUUCUACUGUAGUAAGACAUCUCCGGGCAGUUGGUCUAGGGUCUGUUCUAACACUUUUUGUGUACGAUGAAGUAUGGAAGAAGGAUUGGACUGAUGCAUUUAAAAACAACACAUAUGAGGUUUAUAAAUGGCUGAAUGAAGAAU